GUCGAUAUUACGUAUUCAGGGCGUACACAUAUAAUUCGUAGUAUUUAGUGCGUAUUUAAUAACGGUGAAAUAAUGGCUCAUUGUUUGUUUCCACAGCUAUGAAUUACGAAUAUUUAAAAGUGUGACGGUUAAUGUUAUCGAUUACGCCGUUUUAAUCGAUUCUUUACUUAAUACUUAUGUAAUGCAAAACAUCGGUUGAGUAUCAUAUUGGUACUUGAAUACGAUUGCGGAACCGUGAACACAAUUCCAAAUUUAUAAAUCUAAGCAAAAUAUUUUUUAACUUAACCUCAAAAUCGGUGCUCUGAACAAAAACUCAUAAAAUUCGCAGUGCAUAUGUGAAAAUAAUAAUUUCAUGAAGAGUUUCUUAAAGCAACUGUAACAUAAGAACGUAAAAAUGUCUAAGUAAAAUGAAUCACCUUAAAAUGAUAUUCGUAUUCACUCAUCGUAAAUUAAUUUUGCGCUGAUAAAAUCGACGCCUUAUCAAUAAACUCUAGAUAUUUUCGUAUGCUUACCGCUUUCACAAAGCUAAUGUUUAUUUACUUUGUUUUGUAUAUAACUGCAUACCUACGUUUAUCACUUAAGUCUUAAAUACCCAACUCCCACUUAAGACAAAUUGGCAACCGCAACUGUUAUACAUACAUAUGUAUGUAUAUUGUAUGUACUUAUGCGUAAUAUUUUUUCUUGAAACGUUUUGGUUGGCGUAAACGAUGGAUGACAAUUACAUUAGUUCACCGAACGACUUCCAGCACAUGGAGGGCACCGAGUCGGUGGAAUUCAAACGAACCUUUGCACUCGAUGGCAUCGGUGAGGACGAGACCUUGCGACUGUAUUUGCGUAAAGCGGGAUUAUCCGACGAAAUUGAGUACUUGACACCCGAACAGCGACGUGCCUUCAUCUACGAUAUCAUUAAGAGCAACAAAAUGCCUGGAUAUUGGAUGCCUUCCACAAUGACUUCGCCAUCGCCAUACAAUUUAUCAUCAACAGCAACAACUAGUAGUCGUACACCACCACCACCGCCUUUACGCAAAGUCAGCGCCACAAGCAACAACAGCUCGACUCCGCCGCCAACACUGGGAUACGCCACUGUGAGCGCAUCUUCGUCAAGUAAUAGCUUAAAAAGUUUGGAAAAAAGUAGUCCCAUUGUACCGCGUCGAUAUGAGCCGACACCUCCUACACCGCCUUCGCCCUCAACAUUUGUGACCAGCAUUAAGGGUUCCAAAUACGAGAUAAGUGGCCCGAUGAACUUUCAACACAUAGCUGGCGAUAUGACACGAGAUCGGACGCGCAAUGCAUUUGAUCUUACCAUGACCAUGAAUGAUAAUGUAUUGAGGAAAUAUAUGCUGGAACGCGGCAUAACGGAUGAGGACUUGAAAGGCAUGCGCAAGCAGGAAAUCAUUAAAAAUAUCGUGCAAUCAAAGUUUACUUGGAUGCCACCUAAGCGUAAUGUUAAUGGCACAGCCAGUCAUCAUCUACCCGAUAUAAAGUACGCUACUGUAUCUUCUGCCAGUGAUUAUGGUCUAAUCACCUCACCGAGGUUCUCACGAUCGAAAAAAUCAAUGCAUGCGCCCCCGCCACCAAAACCAACAAACUCAGUCUUAACGACUGUACAGGUUACCAAACCACAACCAACUCCAGCAGCGGUACCGCCACCACCACCACCUCCAAAUUCAAAUGUGUCGUUAAAGACAGCCACAAAUACACAUUCAAGUUUGAACAUAUUAGCUGCGAGUUUCGCCGACCCCAGGGAUUUUCCCUCCAUCGAAGAUAUUUAUAGCAACAAGACUGAAAUGGAAGCAACAGCGCGGCAAACCUCUGUGCAACCUAGGCUGACUUUGAGGCAAGCGCCUCCUCCACCACCAUCUGUAAAACCGACAACAAUCACUGAUGCACCACUACAGCCACCACCUCCAUCUCUUGUCCAAGCAAACAAUAAAAAAUUGUCAGUAAUUUACCAUUCCAAUCAAAGUUUGUACAGCCUCGACGAAUGGGAAACUGAAGAAGAUACUGCUGAUAGUCAAAUAUACGGAAGAACGAAUGCCGGCUCUAAAACGCCGCCUACACCUAGCGAUAGCAAUUUGUAUGCUUCCAUAAAACCAGUAAAUAAACAAAAUAACCUGAAAAUUAACGCGGACCUCGGAGGUUAUGCAAGUGUUGGUGGUAGAAAACAGCUUACUGGACCACCAACACCACCAAAGCCUACGCUGAAGCCAACAUUUGCUGCUCGAGCUUCUAAAGUGGGAGCACCUAAACCUCAACCACCACCGCCGUCAGCUAAACAAAAUGUAGUUUCUAGUGUUCAUAUACCACCUCCACCACCUCCUAUUGGUAGUACGCCUAUUCCACCGCUAUCACUACCUCCUACUGGAGGUGCACCUAUCCCUCCGCCACCACCAGCUCUUAGUGGUGGUGCACCUAUCCCUCCGCCACCGCCACCUCUUAGUGGUGGUGCACCUAUUCCACCGCCGCCGCCACCUCUUACUGGUGGUGCACCAAUGCCACCACCACCACCUGCACUAAACUCUGCUGCGAAGGGUAGCAGACAACCAACGGUGCCUGCAACUAAAAAUAAUGAUAUCGGUGAUGCGCGUGGUGCUUUGUUAGAUAGUAUACGGAAGGGUGUAGCAUUAAAGAAAGUUGAUCAGAAAGCAGCCACAAUCAGCGGUGUGAAGCCACGCGCCGAACGUAAGCCGCCAGCUACCGACUUCCUUUCCGAACUUAAACUGGGUAUAACUCUGCGUCGCGUAAAGGACAAGACACACAACCCAUAUGCCGGCGAAGAUCCAGAUGAAUCCCAAGCUUAAGCAAAUUAUUUGUAUUGUAUAUACAUAUGUACUUAUAUAAAUAUGAGAUUUUCAUACAGACA